AUGCACGCAAUACCGGAAAGAGUAGAACUUUACGCGAAGAGAACACAAACCCUCGCCACAGUGGAAUAUGGGGAUGAUAUCGGUCGAUACAGGACGGCGCUAGCGGUUGAGAUCCCGCUGAUGGUUUUGGCGCUUAGCACAGUUGUUGCGAGGGUGUACUCCAGACUAGCUAUCAAGAGAAAGCUAGCCCCUGACGAUAUCUUGAUCAUGCUUGGAGCGGGUGCUGCGUUUGCACGGGUUGUCAUCUCUUGCAUGAGCUCGGAGGAUGGCUGGGGGUACGAUAGGAAAGGUCCGGACCGGCAAACCGAAGUUCCGUAUUACCAGCACAUCUUCGAACGCCGGAUAGCCUAUCUUUUCGCUGUAACGUUCACUCGAUUCUCCGUGUUAGCAUAUUACCUGCGGAUCUUUCCCUCGGGAUUAGUAUCGCUACGAAGAUGCUGCUACGUCCUCAUCUUUUUGGCCCUAGCCCACUUCGUCGAAGUUCUUGUAGUCCUCAUGGUCUAUUGCAAAGAUAUCAGUAAACUAUGGACUAAACAUUGGCGUGGUUUCCAGGGGUCGCAAUGCUUUAGCUCCGCAGUCUACAGCUACUCCGCAGCCAUAGGUGAUGCUGUUGUCGACAGCAUGAUCUUUGCCCUCCCGAUCCCGUACGUGUGGAAACUUUCCAAGCUAAGAGCCCGUCAGCGAUUUGGCCUGAUCCUCGUCUUCGGCCUUGGAUUCAUUGUUUGUGUCGUCGCACUCCUGCAAAUCCCAUUUAUCAGGCGGCGUGAGGGCAAUACGACCUACUUCGGCAGCGCUGUCAACGUGCUCGUCUCAAUUCAGAUCUCGCUCGCCAUCGUCGUCGCAUCACUGCCAGAUUUGCGCGCCUUGUUUGCUCGCAGUUUUCCAAAAUUCUCUCCCCUGCGCCACAGGAGCCUCGCCACAGCUGCUGGGAACGCCGCGGGUGGUGGUGGACGAGCUGAGGCUAUCUAUCCGGAUCAGGGAGCGUCCAGUGGAGAGAUGAUGGAGAAUCGGCGUGGUGCCAUCAAUGGCAAGAGGUUGUUCAGAAAGCCGGAUUGGUUGAGGAGUAGCAUACCUGCGAGCCUGAUGUCAACAAGGGUGACACAUGAUGAGGUUUCUCGCCCAAGCAGGGGGGAUUCAGAUGAACACGUACCGCAACUUCCUCAUCUACCUCAACAGCCGGAGACAUCUGCUGGGUGA